AUGUUCAGGAGUGGAUUUGUGAAGGUGGCUGCGCCGCCCAACUCGCGCGCCGUUUAUCGUCUACCAACUAUCAUCGGAGCGGUUUGGCAACGCCGACCGCAUUCCUGUCCACGCGGCAACGUCGCCUCGCUGUUCGGCACGUUCGCGCGUGACGCGCGCUAUGAUAAACCGCUGCGCUGUGGACGGACUUGUGAUGUGGAAUAUGAAAAUGUCCGGUUUCGAGCCGUAUUCAGAUGCAGCGUGGAAAUAGAUUGA